ACUGGCAUCUCCCUGCCAGUGCUGUGCCCCACACAGCCAAGAAGAUGGAACAGAGAAGUUCGACAAGCGGUUCCCAGCAAGGGAGGCCCAGGAAAAAAGUGGACAACCCUUAUUUGGAGACAGACUACAGCGUGCAAAUAAAUCCUGGAUACCGUAUGAGAGUGAGGAAAGCGUUAAUAUAUAUAUUUUCGGAUUGGGAAAAUUUGUUUUUUGUUUUUGUUUUCAGAUUAAAAAUGGUGUAUGUUAUUAAUAUAUUAUCAUACAGUAUACAUUUGAAUACGAUUAUGGGUUUACGAACAAAAUCCAUCAUUCAAAAACAAAUAAAUUAUAGGUAAUUGCUAGAAUAUUGAUCAAGUAGCCUAGGCUAUAUAGCAUCAUCUAUUGGCUGAUAAAAAUUGCAUUAACCUCUGUGAUGAACAUUGACUCAUGUGUAGGCUACUAAUUUAUUGUUCAGUGCAGCCACUUUGGAAUUACAUGAACGGAAAUGGUCACCCCAUUAUGUUAAUUUUAAUUUGAUAAUUGUGAGCGCUGACAAUACAAAUUAAUUGGAACAUAACAUGCCCCCUUAGUUGGCCUAUACAAUUUUAAAUUGAAGCAUGUGCAUUAGGGCUAUGUCUUCUUCGGCCCACAACACCUCCAGUUUUAAUAAUGUCUUAUAGUCUAUUAUGGACGAGUGCGCCAUAUUGUGUGGUUUGAGUAAAUGGACAUUAGGAUACACUGAUAAAGCAGUGCUUUUAGAAGUCGCGCGCGCCGCCAACGUCCCGCCAUCCUCCGGUUAUAGUCGGUUACCAAAUGCGCAGUCUCAUGAAUGGAUGCUACGUUCCUUUUCCGGCUGCACCAGCACAAUCCACCAGGAAGUGUGCGAUAAAUCCUAAAGUAUUAAGCCCUUAUACCUGGAGGAAGGAGAUAGAUAUUAGUAUGCAUUUUUGAUGGAAUAUACCAGUUGUGUCGCCUUUCUAAUCUACAAAUCGUUCAAGUCGGUGUUUUGCAAUUCAUGCAGGGUAAACAUAAUACCGGGAACUCCCAGCAAGUUUGGGUUUUUUGUUCUUCUUGUGCUGUAGCGUUUAGCUAUUCUCAAAUCUAACCCUUGACUGCAAUGGGAUGCUGCGAUAGCACAGAGGUAAGCUAACGGUUUCCUCCAUCCCUAUGUUGCAUUCGUUUAAUUGCACCUUGAACAUCAUGCAUGGAACGACGAUUGCACUGCUACAUUGUUGCGACCGCUGUCAUCCAAUGACAAUUCUCACCACCGUAGUCAGAUUAGAUAAAAAGCCUGGGCUAUGUUCAUCGGGGAAGACUAGUGUAAUCCUAUUAUUAUUGAAGCCGAGGAGGAAAUAUCGAGCUAUAUAACUUGCGACAAUAAUGGUUUAAUCGUUUUCUAGUUCAUUACCACCGACAUUUUGCAUAGGCUACCACUUGAAAGCAGCUUUGUAUACCAUAAAUAGCUCGUGAGCACCGUUAGUUUAGUAAACAAACCUCACCUCACGCAACGUGCGAGAUUUUACGCUAUUGAACGGCGCCUUGGCAAUGAAGGAUAGUAGAAUAUCGUUAAAUGUGAUUGUUUUCAACGCAAAGUCUGUUUCACUACAGUCGGCCACAAAUAGCCUCUAUCUACGAAAAUGCAAUGUCAGUAAAAUUGCGUUGGGCAAAGGCAGUCAAAACUUGGCCUAAUUACAUUCACGGUGACUACUAGAGAGGGCGCGUGUCAUUGAUGGACAUUUUGUGUGUGAAAUAACAUGUGUAGCUUACAGUGUCACCUUUGAAUUGACAAAGACUCAUAUAGACUGUAGCCUAUUUGCUAAUGUGGCACAGCCUAUGUGUUGAUAUUUUGUUUUCCAGAGGACAAAGAGAGAAUGGAAACCCUUGGAGGAUCGAAGUUGCACGGAUUUGCCGUGGUUCCUUUUAUUUACUGUAUUCUGUGUUGGAAUGGUAAGUAUAUAUGCCUAUUCAUUUUACAAUUGAAAACGAAGAACAAUGUAAUACCAUAAAUAUAUAGGUUAAACCACAUUUGGAGACUAAAUACAAGGCUCCCCUCAAUGAAAGUCGUUCAACUUGUCAUAUGACACACUCUUUAAAUGCCCAGGUGAUUGAUUGCCUGGCUAGUGGAAACUGUGUCAGGUUACCACACCACCUUUGCUCAGCCAAUUAUCUCCAAGCAUGCAGACAAUUAACAACACCUCCUGAAGUUUGAACUUGAAGUGUGCUCAGACUUUUGAGAAUGGUUGACAUUGUGGCUAAAAUGUAUGAAACAAACAAACCGAUCGGAAUAGAUGAUCAACUCUCAGACCAGGCGAUGAAAAAGUGGGAAUCGAACCAGCAACUAGAAUUAGUAGAUGGCUACUGGUUUCAGAUCCCAGGUACCACUUCCUACUUUUGACCAUUGAGCAAGGCACUUAAACCCUAGCCAGCUCCAUGGACACUGGCACCAUUGCACGGCAGCUGAUCCUGUGCUCUUCCCAAAGUGUAUGUGUGUGAGAGAAUAAGAAUAGUUGCUGUAACAGAUGGACAAAUUAAGUACUAUUCAAUUUCCGUGAUUUUAAUCUGAAUACUUAAAAACCACUGGUCAUUAAACUAUCUAUAAGCUUCGCAGUUAGAGAGUCAGGUUGGUACAUUGCAUUUUAUACCUGUCAACAAUAUAUUGAUACAAGUCCAUACCCCACUGUCACACAUGCACGUAUUGUAUUUGUAGCAUUGGAUGCUAAUGCUUGCUAAUGCUUCUCUCAGGGGAGUAUCUGUGGGUUUACCAUCGCCACUGGGGGCGCAGGCCGCCUGGUCUUUGGAUAUGACAGCUACGGGAACACCUGCGGCCAGCGCAAUGAGCAGAUCGAAGGGGUCAGGCUGAGUGGACUGGAUCAGACGGACAAAAAGUGAGUCUCUCGCCCAUCUUUCACUCUCACCCACUUCACACUCUUCUAUCUUAAAGUGGCAGUGACAUUUGCCAAAACCCACCCCUCUGUUUACAAACACAAAUGUUAGGGCGAAUUAGCCCAUUAUUGAGAAAUAUUAAGAAAUAGGUUUGCCCUGUUGCUCAUUGGUUCAAUAGAAAUGUCAAAUUGCAGUCAUUUUAACUGUGGCCUAUGGGAAACUGGCAUAAAUAAAACCUUGAAUAAAUAUGCAGAGGCCUUAUGAGUAGGACGUUCUGUCACGGUCAACUGUACUUACUGCACGCACCACCCUCUGGGAACACCGGUAUUUCAGCCCACUUCAUUUGCAUCGCAUGCUGAUUACUUUCCCCUCUUUGGAUUGACUGUGUGCUUAAUGAUUGCCUUGUGGUACCGUAGAAUUACGAAUUAGACAACCUCCUGUGGUACAGACCUUUGGGUCAUCAGCACAGGGUAAUUCAUUUAUUUAGGUUUUGCCGGAGUGUCAGUGAAGAAAUAUGAAUGGGUUUGAUUUCACUCUGCUUGAUGUUUUCCUCUUACCGUUUGGACAGACUACUGAUGAAACAAAAAAACAUAAUGAAAUAAUGACGCUAGUUCCUUCCUAUUGAACAUAGAAUUCAUCCGUUGUGUUAAUGUGUGUAUAGAUGGUAUGCAUUGCGCUGCUGCCAGUGUUUACAGACAUAAGAUAUAGCUAAUCAUCAUGUGGAGAGAGAAAGUGGCUUGGUAUUAGUCAGUGACUAUGUCAGUAAGUGCGCGCAGGAAGACGUUUCUUGAGAGGGUGCUGGCUCACAUCAGGAGGACCCUGUCACUCAAAUAGUUGUGAAAACUCAGAUGUCACUGGCUGGCAGUUUCUUUCUCUGUCUCUCUUUUUGUAUUUCUCUCUUUCUCUCUCGCUCUUGCUCUCUCUCCCUCUCAUGCGUGCGUGCGCUCGCUCAUUUUCUCUGUCUUUCUAUUUCUAUCUGUAGGUUUCUCUCUCUCUCCUUCUCUUUCUUUCCAUACAUCAUUGUUUACUGCUUUGUUUCUGCACUGUUGGGUGGUGCAGAGUGCAGACACUGCCUUGUCUCUCAGUCUGUUGGGUGGUGCAGAGUGCAGACACUGCCUUGUCUCUGUUGGGUGGUGCAGAGUGCAGACACUGCCUUGUCUCUCAGUCUGUUGGGUGGUGCAGAGUGCAGACACUGCCUUGUCUCUGUUGGGUGGUGCAGAGUGCAGACACUGCCUUGUCUCUCAGUCUGUUGGGUGGUGCAGAGUGCAGACACUGCCUUGUCUCUGUUGGGUGGUGCAGAGUGCAGACACUGCCUUGUCUCUCAGUCUGUUGGGUGGUGCAGAGUGCAGACACUGCCUUGUCUCUGUUGGGUGGUGCAGAGUGCAGACACUGCCUUGUCUCUCAGUCUCACUCUUCCUUUGAACAACCACAAACUGGCUGUGAUGAGCAUAACACCUACCCAUUUAAUUUGUCUCCUGAAUGGUGUCUUCAGUCCCAUUUUAGAGUGGAGAGUUGUACCAACAAUGAGUAAGCUGAUUUCACUCAUAGUGUGCUGUUGAUGCUUGUGGUAGGGUUGUGUAAAAACAUGCCUGCGGGCAAGGCUAUUUUAAAUUAAUAGCUAUAGGGAUAUUGGACCCUUGGUUGUACAUGGCUAUUGUGUUGAUUGAUCCCACAGUGACUAGCAUGCCCAGUCUGAAAUAAUCCCCAACCCUCUAAUCCUGGGUAAUAGUCUGACAUUGGUGUCAAAGGUGUGUAUGUAUAUUGACAGGCACAUGCAGAUGUAUAGAUGGAGGUUUUGUCGACAGAACUAUUGUGAAAUUCAAUGGCUUCUGCCCUUGAGAACCUUUUCAGGCUCACUGGUUAGCUUCCCCCAGUCCAUAAUCAUCACAUUAGCUAGCAAUUAUAUGCUUCAUUAAAGCACCCUGACAGCCUCUCUCAGGACUGACCUAUUGAUGUGACUGACACACACACACACAUACAUACAUACAUACAUACAUACAUACACACACACACACAUACAUACAUACAUACAUACAUACAUACAUACAUACAUACAUACAUACAUACAUACAUACAUACAUACAUACAUACAUACAUACAUACAUACAUACAUACAUACAUACAUACAGUGGGGAGAACAAGUAUUUGAUACACUGCCGAUUUUGCAGGUUUUCCUACUUACAAAGCAUGUAGAGGUCUGUUAUUUUUAUCAUAGGUACACUUCAACUGUGAGAGACUGAAUCUAAAACAAAAAUCCAGAAAAUCACAUUGUAUGAUUUUUAAGUAAUUAAUUUGCAUUUUAUUGCAUGACAUAAAUAUUUGAUCACCUACCAACCAGUAAGAAUUCCGUCUCUCACAGACCUGUUAGUUUUUCUUUAAGAAGCCUUCCUGUUCUCCACUCAUUACAUGUAUUAACUGCACCUGUUUGAACUCGUUACCUGUAUAAAAGACACCUGUCCACACACUCAAUCAAACAGACUCCAACCUCUCCACAAUGGCCAAGACCAGAGAGCUGUGUAAGGACAUCAGGGAUAAAAUUGUAGACCUGCACAAGGCUGGGAUGGGCUACAGGACAAUAGGCAAGCAGCUUGGUGAGAAGGCAACAACUGUUGGCGCAAUUAUUAGAAAAUGGAAGAAGUUCAAGAUGACGGUCAAUCACCCUCGGUCUGGGGCUCCAUGCAAGAUCUCACCUCAGCCCAGAACUACACGGCAGGACCUGGUCAAUGACCUGAAGAGAGCUGGGACCACAGUCUCAAAGAAAACCAUUAGUAACACACUACGCCGUCAUGGAUUAAAAUCCUGCAGCGCAUGUCUAGGCCCGUCUGAAGUUUGCCAAUGACCAUCUGGAUGAUCCAGAGGAGGAAUGGGAGAAGGUAAUGUGGUCUGAUGAGACAAAAAUAGAGCUUUUUGGUCUAAACUCCGCUCGCCGUGUUUGGAGGAAGAAGGAUGAGUACAACCCCAAGAACACCAUCCCAACCGUGAAGCAUGGAGGUGGAAACAUCAUUUUUUGGGGAUGCUUUUCUGCAAAGGGGACAGGACGACUGCACCGUAUUGAGGGGAGGAUGGAUGGGGCCAUGUAUCGUGAGAUCUUGGCCACCAACCUCCUUCCCUCAGUAAGAGCAUUGAAGAUGGGUCGUGACUGGGUCUUCCAGCAUGACAACGACCGAAAACACACAGUCCGUAUUGCCCAGCGACAGCCCCGAAACCUGAAGGAUCUGGAGAAGGUCUGUAUGGAGGAGUGGGCCAAAAUCCCUGCUGCAGUGUGUGCAAACCUGGUCAAGACCUACAGGAAAUGUAUGAUCUCUGUAAUUGCAAACAAAGGUUUCUGUACCAAAUAUUAAGUUCUGCUUUUCUGAUGUAUCAAAUACUUAUGUCAUGCAAUAAAAUGCAAAUUAAUUACUUAAAAAUCAUACAAUGUGAUUUUCUGGAUGCUUUGUAAGUAGGAAAACCUGCAAAAUCAGCAGUGUAUCAAAUACUUGUUCUCCCCGCUGUAUACAGUUGAAGUCGGAAGUUUACAUACACUUAGGUUGGAGUGAUUAAAACUAAUUUUUCAACCACUCCACAAAUUUCUUGUUAACAAAUGAUCGUUUUGGCAAGUCAGUUAGGACAUCUACUUAUUGCAUGACACAAGUAAUUUUUCCAACAAUUGUUUACAGACAGAUUAUUUCAGUUAUAAUUCACUGUAUCACAAUUCCAGUGGGUCAGAAGUUUACAUACACUAAGUUGACUGUGCCUUUAAACAGCUUGGAAUAUUCGAGAAAAUGAUGUCAUGGCUUUAGAAGCUUCUGAUAGGCUAAUUUACAUCAUUUGAGUCAAUUGGAGGUGUACCUUUGGAUGUAUUUCAAGGCCUACCUUCAAACUCAGUGCCUCUUUGCUUGACAUCAUGGGAAAAUCAAAAGAAAUAAUUGUAGACCUCCACAAGUCUGGUUCAUCCUUGUGAGCAAUUUCCAAACGCCUGAAGGUACCAUGUUCAUCUGAACAAACAAUAGUACGCAAGUAUAAACACCAUGGGACCACGCAGCCGUCAUACCGCUCAGGAAGGAGACGCGUUCUGUCUCUUAGAGAUGAACGUACUUUGGUGCGAAAAGUGCAAAUCAAUCCCAGAACAACAGCAAAGGACCUUGUGAAGAUGCUGGAGGAAACAGGUACCAAAGUAUCUAUAUCCACAGUAAAAUUAGUCCUAUAUCGAAAUAACCUGAAAGGCCGCUCAGCAAGGAAGAAGCCACUGCUCCAAAACCGGCAUAAAAAUACAGAUUAUGGUUUGCAACUGCACAUGGGGACAAAGAUCAUACUUUUUGAAGAAAUGUCCUCUGGUCUGAUUAAACAAAAAUAUAACUGUUUGGCCAUAAUGACCAUUGGGGGGUGGCUUGCAAGCCGAAGAACACCAUCCCAACCGUGAAGCACGGGGGUGGCAGCAUCAUGCUGUGGGGGUGCUUUGCUGCAGGAGGGACUGGUGCACUUCACAAAAUAGAUGGCAUCAUGAGGAAGGGAAAUUAUGUGGAAAUAUUGAAGCAACAUCUCCAGACAUCAGUUAGGAAGUUAAAGCUUGGUUGCAAAUGGGUCUUCCAAAUGGACAAUGACCCCAAGCAUACUUCCAAAAUGGCUUAAGGACAACAAAGUCAAGGUAUUGGAGUGGCCAUCGCAAAGCCCUGACCUCAAUCCUAUAGAACAUUUGUGGGCAGAACUGAAAAAGUGUGUGCGAGCAAGGAGGCCUACAAACCUGACUCAGUUACACCAGCUCUGUCAGGAGGAAUGGGCCAAAAUUCACCCAACUUAUUGUGGGAAGCUUGUGGAAGGCUACCCGAAACAUUUGACCCAAGUUAAACAAUUUAAAGGCAAUGCUACCAAAUACUAAUUGAGUGUAUGUAAACUUCUGACCCACUGGGAAUGUGAUGAAAGAAAUAAAAGCUGAAAUAAAUCAUUCUCUCUACUAUUAUUCUAACAUUUCACAUUCUUAAAAUAAAGUGGUGAUCCUAACUGACCUAAGACAGGGAAUCUUUACUAGGAUUAAAUGUCAGGAAUUGUGAAAAACUGAGUUUAAAUGUAUUUGGCUAAGGUGUAUGUAAACUUCCGACUUCAACUGUAUAUGUGUGUGUAUAUAUAUUACACACACACACACAGACACAGACAGACACUGUAGACCGAGAUCACUGGAUUAAUGCAGGCCCCAGCGGCAGUGUGUGAGUGUGUAGAAGAGAGUUUGGUAGAGAGGGUGUGACGUUUGACUGACAGGCCUCGUUGCGAACGCAACCACCUGAUGCUGAACUCAACUGAGAAGGCAGCUGUCACGGGAUUCAAUAAAGGACUACACAGCUGUCAAUUCUCUCUCUCUCUCUCUCUCUCUCUCUGUCCCUGUCUCUCUGUCUCUGUGUGUGUCUCUCUCUGAUUCUCCUCCUCACGUCCUUCAUCUCUCUCUUGGUAUAUCUUCUCUUCAUGUCAUUAGACUUAUGGUGCUUUCAAGACAAAUCAUGACGUCCGUGAUCUUCAGGUCGGAAAGUCCGAGCUCUAGAAAGAUUCCAGUUUCUGACUUGGAAUUCCGAGUUGGAUUUUUCCCUGUCGGAGCUUGUUUCUUUCUGAGUUGUCUUGAACGCACUGAAGUCGGACGUCGGAGAUUUCCCAGUUGUUUUGAACACGGCAAUAACAAUAACAGAUGUGAUCUUUCUUGCUGGUACGCAGACAUUGUUUGUCCGAAAGUGCCUAUUUUUUUGCAUUCUGUGGGCAAAAAAGUCUAGCAUUGCUGGGGUGGUUAAUUUAAGUCUAGCAUUGUAGGCCAAGUCGAGGUUAUGUUCAAUGCUUUAUUCAGUCCUGCCCUCAGCAACCUUUUAAGUGACCUACCUUUGUGAGGUAUAGGCUGGUGUCACAUAAUGCAAUCAGUGACAACAAAGUCAGAGCUUAAGGGAUAGCUGGUCAGGGUUUAUUUAGCUAAUACAGUUAAGUAGCUCCUCAUUCACAAGGCAGGGGCCAAAUGUAAACAGUACAGCGCUGUAGGCGUAUUGUUCUGGCCAUGGCAGCUGGUUGAUCCAGGAUCAGUUUAUCCAAGUCCGAUCCUAACCUCAGCUGUUAGGAAGAACUGACUUUAGAGAAAGUCAAACUGCCCUCGACUAGUCUGAUAAAUCCAAUGUGACUUGAUUGUCAUAUCUAUCUUCCUUUCAACAAGCAUGUGUGCAGUGCAAACCACUGUGCCAGCUUAUAAAUCACCAGAAAAGUCAAACAUUGUCCAUAGACUGCUUAAAGGGUAAGGAAACCAAUAUGUAAUUUUGUAAAUAGGGUGAACUAUCCCUUUAACAUUUAGAGGUGGGGGAUACUUCAAACUUUGUCCACCUAAUAGCAGGAACGGCACCAUCAGGAUGUCGGAUGGGAUAUAAAACGAACAACUUCAGUGACUAAUAUAUCUGAACAGGAGAAAAAAACCAUUACCAAAUUCACUGAGAAUACAUUAUAUAGGAUGAAGAAACAAUACUCCGAGCUGCAGCUCCAUACUACUUGUCAGACACAGGAAGCUGCUGAGGGGAGGACGGCUCAUAAUAAUGGCUGGAAAGGAGUGAAUGGAAUGGUGUCAACCACAUGGAAACCAUGUGUUUGAGACUGAUACUGUUCCAUGUAUUCCAUUCCAGCCAUUACUAUGUGCCUGUCCUCCCCAAUUAAGGUGUCACCAACCUCCUGUGUUGUCAGACAUAGAGAACUGAGACGUAUACUGGUUGUUGGGGUUGGAUUGGCGUGGGGGGUCCGUGGGUAGCUUUUGACAAUUUCUUUGGAUUCCUCAUGUCUUACUCAUUGUUAGAAAAAACAUUUGGUCCAAAUCGGAUGUUAGGUACUAUAUUUAUUGAAUAUUCUAUGAAUCCUAUAAAUUAAAAUGUCCAAUUUGGGUGCAAUCAAUUUCUCUGAGGUCAAAUUUAUAUUUCAACAAAAUAAUGUUGCAGGAAUGCUAAUCUGAUCUGUUUCUAACUACAGAAACGAGUUCAGAACAAUCUGAGAUGGUGGGUGUCAUAGCUUGCUGAAAUGACAUGGAACGACCCUCCUGUGAGUGUGUGUGUGUGUGUGUGGGCAAGGUGCCCACCCCCUAGUGUAUAAAAGCACCAGGCAGAUGGACCACAGUGAAGGAUUCUCUUAUUAAAAUGUCCUUGUUCCUUUCACUCUCCGUUCCACUGCCAAGUCCCAUGGACCAGUUCCAGCAGCAGCAGCAGUAGCAGCAGCCAAAGGCUCUCUAUCUCGCGGCAUUCUAUCAUAUCUCAGUGAAUAAGGUAUUGUUGAGGCAGUGUGUUCGCUUUGUCCCCAAAAUGAACAGGACAUUGAGGGGAGGUGUAGGCUUCUGGAUUUUUCCGGUCAUUUUGUUACUUUGUUUUCCUCUCUCAGUAUCACAUGUUCCCACGCCCACAUUUUCACAUCUUUCUCGUGACACAUUCCUCAUAUUGGUGAUGGGAAACAGAUUUUAUUGAUAAAGAACUGAUAAUCAAAUUGCUGAAAUUCUCACAUUCCUUGUUACCCAUUCCUUAUGUAGGUGUUUUUUGUGUUGAUAAAGAACAGAUGAACAGAUAUUUUGUCGUCUGAUUUGUCUGCAGGUAUGUGUUCUUCCUGGACCCAUGCAACAUUGACAUAGUGCAGAGGAAGAUCAAGUCCAUGGCCCUGUGUGUGUCCCUGUGUCCUGAUGAAGAGCUGAAGACGUACCAGGACCUCAAGAGGUUCGCCAUGCACAAUGGUGAGUAGGGCCCAUAGUGAAACAGUGGACACUGUCAGCUAUAAGCUUUUCCACCAUCAAAGCACACAAAAGCAUAACACUGACAGCAUAUUGAAUCAUUGACUGAUUCUCUAUUCCUCUCAGUAACUCUACUGAUAAUGCUGUGGACCCAGCACAUGCAAGUUAUUGAUUUGAAAAUCUGCUUGUCGAUAGUGGUCAUGUAAUGAAUUGUUUUGAAAGGAAGCUCUUGCAUUUUAUUCAUCACAAUCUCACAUCAUAUCCAUGGAGAGAAAAAUGAAUCACCACAAAUCUUUAGAUGAGAAGGCAUAAAAAUCAUCUAAAGAUCAUCCCGUUAGAAAAGAGUGUUAUGAGGAGCAGGUGUUUCUCUUCCCCCAUCAACAGAAGGCUACUAGGUCAUCGUUACAGCUGCCAUCCAUCACGUCAUUGACAGUGAAUCACUGCCAUCCUUUGGAACGACAAACACUUUCUAUAAACACUGACAUGUCUGUGACCCCGCGUGCCAUCUUCCCUUAAUACUGUCUUUUCAUUCAACACACACACACACACACACACACACACACACACACACACACACACUCUCUGGCACAGCAGGCACCUUGGCACAAGUGGAGAGCGAACUAGAUGAACAAAGGCCCCAUUUAAGGCCAAUGCCACCCCUUGCUGUAUGGGUACUGUUUGUGCCACACUAGCCCGUCCUUCAGCCAGGUUUGCGUGUCUACUGACAGUACUGUAUAUACUUAUCGUAUCACACACAGUCCAUGUAUGCCCCAUGAUAGACUGGGCUGGGAUUAUGUAACUUUGCCGUCUCCAGUGGUCUUGUGUUCUGAUUCGACUGACUGAUUCUGAAUUCCCGGGGCAGUGAGCGUAGCACAGUUAAGAACAAGAUUGUGUAACGUUAUUAGUUACAUGAAGUGAAAAUGAUGAAAUAUGGAUCAGCAUAUGUUGGUUUAGACAGCAUAUUGAGCUAUAACUGAUUACUUCUGGGGAGACUGAAUUUUAAAUCAAUUGUCCUUAUGUUCCUGUUUGUGUAUGGUUCCACUUUCCUGUGUUCAAAUUCUUUGUCUGUCUGUCACUCAGGUUCGGAGCUGUGUUCAUACGAACUAGCCGGUCACAAAUAUCCCGGCCUUCCAGAGAGGUUCGACAAAUGUCCCAAACUUCCAGUUCCCCCAAGGUAAAUAGGCCUAACAUUAGGGCUGCAUUUCAAUAGGCUAGGAUUGCUUAUUUUCCUCUUUUCAUUCAGAACCAUAAAAGGACUUUCACUUAACCAGUCAUAUAGAUUAGAUAUUACCUCAAGAAAGGGGUGGGGAUACAUACAUUUUAAGUAUUCAAACAGGUCAUGUUUUAGAGAACCUCCCAGGUCGUGACGCCUGACUUUUGACCUCUACUUCGCUCCAUCCCACAGCAAAUCUCUCCCGGUGUUCAACCGCUGCACGCCGGUGGACAUCUCCUGCUAUGCCAAGUUUGCUGAGGCGGUGGUGACAUUUGUGAGCGACAACAGUGUGCUGCACAGGCUGAUCGGCGGCGUGAUGGCCAGCAAGGAGAUCAUCGUGGGCCUCUGCCUGCUGGCACUAGGUGAUGACGUUUGUCAGCAUGCGUUUGUUAUCAGCAGUAUCUCAGGGGGAUGCUGGAUAGAUAAAAGCAAUAUGGCAAAAUCUCCACCCAUUGGGGAACAAGGUGGAACUACUACCAUGCCUAUCCAAUUGUUUCAGAUCUACAUGAAGAGCCAGGGGAAGGGGCUAAGGGUUGUUUCUGGACAGGGCCUUAGUCUCUAAACCCAGUGGGAGGGAUUGGUCUUCAUUGUAUUUCUGGGGCCCACUAGUCUCUGAGCCUUCCCUAAUGUGAGCCAGUAAAGAAUAGGCCUGCAUAGGGAACACCUGUCCUGCUUUAGUGCAUUCUGCUGAUUUCUCCAUAUCAGUAUGACGUGUCAGUACACAGGCAGUUACUGUAGGUCAGACAUCAAUGGUGGAGAAACACAGUGCUGGGUGAAAAUACAGCAAAGUCAUCACAUCUUUGAGUCCCCCCUGAAACUGCCCUCUUUGGAAUGAGAGGAUGGAAGCUGGCAGGUAAAGGGCAUGACAUGGGAGCCAUGAACUUGUACAUUUGGGAGUUAAUGCUCAGAGUACAUGUGGGUUAGGGUAAGACAAAGUUCUGCUGUGUCGAAGUGGGGAAGGAAAGGCUUUGAAUAUGGUUAGCUGACCCUCGAUCUUCACUUGGGGAACUGGCUCUCCUGAUGGUCAGUUUUGAUUUUUGAUUCCAAAUGGUUGAGGUUAGGGUUGAGACCGAGGGCAGGGUUAGCUGAUCCUAGAUCUGUGUUUUAAAGGUCUGUUGUGCCUGUGUUGUACAGUGCUCUCCAUGAUCCUGAUGGUGAUCAUCCGCUACAUCUCUGCUGUGCUGGUCUGGAUCCUCACUGCCAUGGUGGUCCUGGGCUCCCUGUGUGAGCUCACUUCCUGUCUCCUGAUCAGUCAAAAUAACAACUGAAAACCAUGAAACAAUGACAUAGUUUUGCACUUAACAUUCAUUCUAUGAUCAUUUUUGGGACAGUCCUCUUUGCAUUUAUCAGUGUGCAGGUGUUCAAUCUAUCAUAAAAAGUGUCUGUUUUUCUGUAGCGGGCACAAGCAUUCUGUGGUGGCUGUACAUAGACUACCGGUUAACUGCCAACGAGACCUUAUCUAAAGAGACUGCAGAGACUACAGAGACUAAAGAUGCUAAGGAGGAAGCAGAGAUGACCAGGGACAAUGGCCAGGCGCUUCUGGUGUAUGCAAUCGCUGCCACAGUAUUCACAGUGAGUACAGUUAGUGUUUGUGUUUGUGAUGAAAGGGACACUGUGGGCAACCAAGCCUUGUAGAUUUUGGGUGGGGUGUGUGUGACAUUUCAGAUUGAAUGCCUGGUGCUGCUUUGAAAUCUCAAACUCCUGACACCUCUCUACUUUUUUACCCCCUCCUCCUCUCUGACUCUUUAACCUUCCUCUCGCUCUCUCUCUCCUCUUGGCCAUCUUCCAUUUGUUUCAUCCUUCUCUCAUUCUCUCUUACCCCUUUUCUUCCUGUCUGUUUUGUCUUCCUAUGUCUCUUCCACCUUCUCUUGACCUGUUGUUCUCUUCUCCACUCAUUUACAUCCCUCUCCCCCUAUACCUUUCUCUCUCUUUGUGUGAUUUUCCCUUCUCUCUCUUCCUUUGUCUCUUCCUCGCUCCCCCCCUCAGGUGAUCCUUUUCCUGCUGAUGCUGUUCAUGAGGAAGCGCGUGGCGCUGACCAUCGCCCUGUUCCACGUGGCCGGCAAGGUGUUCAUCCACCUCCCGCUGCUCACCCUGCAGCCCUUCUGCACCUUCCUGGCCCUGCUCCUCUUCUGGAUGUACUGGGGCCUGGUGCUGCUCUUCCUCGGGACCACCGGUGAGGGAGGGAGAGGGGAGGGAGGGUGGAGGGUGGAGAGGGGUAGGUAGAGGGGGAGGGUGGAGGAGGGAGAGGGGUAGAGAGGGAGGGUGAUGGAGGAGGGAGAGAGGUAGAGAGGUAGAGAGGGAGGGAGGGAGGGGCAAUGGUUCUCCUCUUCUGGAUGUACUGGGGCCUGGUGCUGGAAGUGAAAGUGGGGUGGAGGGAGGGAGGGGAAAAUAUGAGAGAGAAAGGGAAUGAAAACAUGAGAGUGGGAAAGCAUCUUUACAAAUGAUAAGUGAUGAAUUCCAACACAACAGGACACUGCACUAGGAUGGUUUAGUUCAGUUUACUGUAUUGGCCUUAUUCAGGAACUUGUCCAAACUAGUCCCGACCACUAGACUGAGUCUGAGAUGUCCCCCUCAGGGAACCCGGUCCAGAACGAGGAGACAGGUCUGACAGAGUUUCGGCUGACUGGGCCUCUGCAGUACAUGAUGUGGUACCACACUGUGGGCCUCAUCUGGAUCAGUGAGUUCAUCCUGGCCUGCCAGCAGAUGACUGUCGCUGGGGCCGUGGUCACGUACUACUACACAAGGUCUGACUCUGAAAUUACGUUUUCAUGAUUUGUUUAUAUACAAAUGUUUAUUUUAUAGGAUAUCGGCUAUAAUCAUGCUUAGUAAUAACAUUAGAUUUUAUUGUCUGUCACAAAUGUUUUGCUAAAAAGAAAAUCUAGGUAUUUAUGGGUAAUCUGUUCUCACAGAGUUAUAGGAAUUACAGAGAGGAGAACAAGAAUAUCAAUUUAAACUUCUCUCUCUUCAUUUAUUUUACUCCCAUUCUCUUUCCCUCUAUCCUUUUCCUUUCCUCUGUCUCAGGGACAAGACCAGGCUGCCAGUGACGCCCAUCCUGUCGUCAGUGCUGAGGCUGAUGAGGUACCACCUGGGCACAGUGGCCAAGGGCUCCUUCAUUAUCACCCUGGUCAAGAUCCCACGCUUAAUGCUCAUGUACGUCCACAACCAGCUCAAGGGCAAGGUAAAGCACACUGUUUACUAACUCUUCUCUCUCUAUCGCUGACAUUCAUUGUAUGGAGAAUAAUAAAAUACUGCAUGUUACAUACAGUGAUGUGCUGUACAAGCUAAUCAAGGCUAGCUUGUUGGCUUGUCACCAGUAGAUCUAAAUUGCUGUCAAUGUCAACAUGACAGUUGUUGUGACAUGACAUCGGCUAUAAUGACUUUUUUUGACACCUGCUAUCUUCUGUUGCUCUGUUUAGGACAGUUUAGAGAAGAGAGGAUUUAUUUUGGUUUUAGGUUCAGAUGGCUGUUUGGGUUUGGCACAGUGCUGGUAACAUUAGGGGUGUAGGUUUGGUUAAUAAAUGGGACAUAUAUAAUGACUAUUUUAACUAACUCAUUUUGGAUAAACACAUCUGGUAAACCGUGUUUCUAUAGUAUUAUCAUGUUAUUUGUUUUUACAGGUAUUUUUCUUUAUUCUCCUUGGUGGGUAAUGUGAGCUAGUGUCUGUUGUCCUUAACCUACUGUUUGUUGUCACGUCCCAAGUGUUGCUGCUUGACAUGAUCUAUGGACCUUACAGCAUAAUGAAUUGAAGGGAUAAAUUGGCAUUAGCUCUCCAGAGUUCUGAGAGGGGAGGUAACUUCACCUGACUAAUACUCUGAACUGUUCCAUAAAGUUGGGUAGGCCUACAGCAAUCUGACUGUGCCUGCUGCAUUCCGUUUCCACUAUCUUUUGGUUUAGCAUGGAGAUGUGAGAACACUAAGUUCUGGAGCUCUGCGGGGAACAGCUUUGAAAACUAUUGUAUCUAUUUUUGAAAAGUAGUGCAUCUCAGAUACCUUUCCCCAUCUCUCUCACACAGGAAAAUGCAUGUGCUCGCUGCAUGUUGAAGACCUGUAUCUGCUGCCUGUGGUGUUUGGAGAAGUGCCUCAACUAUUUGAAUCAGGUAGGAGUGCUUUCCUUCCCUCUAAUUUGAUCUUUUUUUAUAUAAAUAAAGGAUAGAUAAGAGGUGUAAGUUGGUUCGCAUCCUGCUGGUCUGGUUUAGUGACUACAGUCUCUCCUCUCUGUCGUUAGAAUGCGUACACGGCGACAGCCAUCAACAGCACCAGUUUCUGCACAUCGGCGCGCGACGCCUUUGUGAUUCUGGUGGAGAACGCUCUGAGGGUGGCCGCCAUCAAUGCCGUGGGAGACUUUGUCCUCUUCCUGGGCAAGGUGAGGGGGGCUGCUGGGAUACUUGAGGGCUUCAGAGUAGUCCCUAUUCACUGUUACAGGAUCAGAUCUACUUUUCAACCCCUUGAUGAUUAAGGUUAGGAUGGGGGUAGGGCAAUCUGUUCCUACAUCUGUGGUUAAGGGCAGCCAUUACCUUGAGUGUGGGCCUGAUUGCGUGGACUCACAGGAGGCUGCUGAGUGGAGAACGGCUCAUAAUAAUGGCCAGAACAGAGUAAAUGGAAUGGCAUCAAACACCUGGAAACCAUGUGUUUGAUGUAUUUGAUACCAUUCCACGAAUUCCGUUCCAGCCAUUACCACGAGCCCGUCCUCCCCAAUUAAGGUGCCACCAACCUCCUGUGGCGUGGACUGCUCAAUUAAAAUUUUGAUUUUUAUUUUUACAUGCAUAUGUGUUUUAAAUGUGUGUGCAUGGUCAGAUCCUGAUCGUGACGUCAACAGCGUUCGCCGGCGUACUGCUGCUGAACUACCAGCGGGACUACGCAGAGUGGGUCCUCCCUCUCAUCAUCGUCUGCCUCUUUGCCUUCCUGGUGGCCCACUGCUUCCUGUCCAUCUUCGAGAUCGUGGUGGACGUGCUCUUCCUCUGCUUCGCCAUCGACACCAAAUAUAAUGACGGUACACCGGGCAGAGAGUUCUACAUGGACAAAGCCCUGAUGGUAAUCUACGUGAAGAUAUGGUAUACUGGUGGGAUUUUGUUGGAAUGGGAAGUAAACUGUUUAUCUAUACUAAACAAAAAUAUAAACGCAACAUGUAAAAUGUUGGUCCCAUGUUUCAUGAGCUGAAAUAAAAAGAUCCCAGAAAUUUUCCAUAAGCACAAAAAACGUAUUUCUCUCAAAUUUUGUGCACAAAUUUGUUUACAUCCCUGUUAGUGAGCAUUUCUCCUUUGCCAAGAUAAUCCAUCCACCUGACAGGUGUGGCAUUUCAUGAAGCUGAUUAAACAGCAUGAUCAUUACACAGGUGCACCUUGUGCUGGGGACAAUAAGGCCACUCUAAAGUGUGCAGUUCUGUCACACAACACAAUGCCACAGAUGUCUCAAGUUUUGAGGGAGUGUGCAAUUGGCAUGCUGACUGCAGGAAUGUUCACCAGAGCUGUCAGAGAAUUGAAUGGUAAUUUCUCUACCAUAAGCUGCAUCCAACGUCGUUUUAGAGAAUUUGGCAGUACGUCCAACCGGCCUCCCAGCUGCAGACCACGUGUAACCACACCAGCCCAGGACCUCCACAUCAGACUUCUUCACCUGCGGGAUCAUCUGAGACCAGCCACCCGGACAGCUGAUGAAACUGAGGAGUAUUUAUGUCUGUAAUAAAGCCCUUUUGUGGGGAAAAACUCAUUCUGAUUGGCUGGGACUGGCUCCACAUUGGGUGGGCCUAUGCCCUCCCAGGCCCACCCAUGGCUGCGCCCCUGCCCAGUCAUGUAAAAUCCAUAGAUUAGGGCCUAAUGAAUUGAUUUCAAUUGACUGAUUUCCUUAUAUGAACUAUAACUCAGUAAAAUCGUUGAAAUUGUUGCAUUUAUAUUUUUGUUCAGUAUAUUUGCACAUGUAGGUAGGCGUAAAGUACAUGUAAUAUAGAAUAUCUAUUCAAAAAUGGCAUUAUUUUUGAGUCCUGUUCAUUGAGAACACAAUUAGACUUCAUAAUUGUUUCUUAUCUCUGCAUCUUCCCUUUUGCUACAUGCACCUUUUGGAUGUUCCAUUUAUCCUACAACUCAAUCAUCCAGGGAUGAACAAAUAUUCAAAACAUGGCAUUUAAAUUAUUUUCUCCUGUAACUUUAUGCUUUUCUGUUGGGAGAGCUGUCAGCGCACUUGUCAGACAUAAUCAGGGGAAGAAAGCUCCCAAAAUAUGCAAAGUAGCUUGUUUCAUAUAGCACACAACCUUGAGCAUCCUUAAUGGGAGGUAGUAGGUGAAUUCAGAAGGGGGCCUUCUUGAAUGGUAGGUUCCCUCUGGAGAUGUUCUCUGGAUGGAUGUUUAAAAACGUAGAAGCUGAAGGGAAAUGGAAAACUAUUUGUUAGCAACUCCAGUAGCUGCAUAAUAUUAAUUAAUUUGUUUGACAGGUAGUGUGACUAAAUGGGCCCUAAAAAUAUCCCCGUUUGGUUUAGUAUGAUAGCCCAGUUAGGUUUAGGAUUAUGAACUACAACAUGCAACUUUUUCCAAUAAUGGCACUCAGUAGUAAUACAGCAAUUAGCAAUAUACACUGAACUAAAAAUAUAAAACGCAACAAUUUCUAACAUUUUACUGAGUUACAGUUCAUAUAAGGAAAUCCAGUCAAUUGAAAUAAAUGAAAUUGGCCCUAAUCUAUAGAUUUCACAUGACUGGGAAUACAGAUAUGCAUCUGUUGGUCACAAAAGUAGGGGCAUGGAUCAGAAAAGCAGUCAGUAUCUGGUGUGACCACCAUUUGCCUCAUGCAGCGCGAUACUUCUCCUUCACAUAGUUGAUCAAGCUGUUGAUUGUGGCCUGUGAAAUGUUGUCCCACUGCUCUUCAAUGGCUGUGCGAAGUUGCUGUAUAUUGGCGGGAACUGGAACACGCUAUUGUAUAUGUCGAUCCAGAGCAUCCCAAACAUGCUCAAUAGGUGACAUGUCUGGUGAGUAUGUAAGCCAUGGAUGAACUGGGACAUUUUCAGCUUCCAGGAAUUGUGUACAGAUCCUUGCGACAUGGGGCCGUGCAUUAUCAUGGUGAAACAUGAGGUGAUGGCGGCGGAUGAAUGGCAAGACAAUGGGCCUCAGGAUCUCGUUACGGUAUCUCUGUGCAUUUAAAUUGCCAUCGAUAAAAUGCAAUUGUGUGUUGUCCGUAGCUUAUGCCUGCCCAUACCAUAACUCCCACCGCCUGGUACAGUUGAAACCGGGAUUCAACUGCGAAGAGCACACUUCUCCAGCGUGCUAGUGGCCAUUGAAGGUGAGCAUUUGCCCACUGAAGUUGGUUACGACACGGAACUGCAGUCAGGUCAAGACCCUGGUGAAGACGACGAGUACACAGAUGAGCUUCCCUGAGACGGUUCCUGGCAGUUUGUGCAGAAAUUCUUUGGUUGUGCAAACCCACAGUUUCAUCAGCUGUCCGGGUGGCUGGUCUCAGGCCAUCCCACAGGUGAAGAAGUCGGAUGUGGAGGUCCUGGGCUGGCGAGGUUACACGUGGUCUGCGGUUGUGAGGUCAGUCCUUUAAAAUUCUGGCAAACGCUCUGGUGGACAUUCCUGCAGUCAGCAUGCCAAUUGCACGCUCCCUCAACUUGAGACAUCUGUGGCAUUGUGUUGUGUGACAAAGCUGCACAUUUUAGAGUGCCCUUUUAUUGUCCCCAGCACAAGGUGCACCUGUGUAAUUAUCAUGCAUUUAUUUUUGUUCAGUCUAGGUUUUUGUUUUGGGACACUAAAGCUAAGGAUUCUGUGAUUUAAUAACGAAGGAAAUGCAUUCAAUUUUUCAUUUUUUUUCUCGUACUGGUCCCUCCACAAACCUGGAGUUGCAAGCGCCAUGCUCUAGCAAAUGAGCCACACAAGACCAUUCACAUGGAAUAUUAAGCGUAAUAUUAACCAACACUGGUGCGUUUCAGCACAUGGUAUGACACUGCUUUCCAUCUCUCCCUGCAGGAGUUUGUGGAAAACAGCAGGAAGCUGGAGCGGGUGGUGGAGCGAGGGCGGAGCCGCCCCACAGAGGCGGUGUUGGUGGAGGGGGCGGAGAUGAAGCCCAUGGUGAGUGACAGUGGAGGGGGCAGCGACGGGGGCGGAGACACUGAGGAGGUGGGCUGGGGCUUGGACAGAGGCGGGGGAGAGUGGGAGGAGCUGCAGGAGUUCCACGUGUACUACCUCCUGGCAGGGGUGCUGGUGGACUGGGCCCUGGGGGAGCAGAGUACCAUGGUCUCCUUGAUCCUCUGCUUGACAGAGGACGUGGUCCUCUUCUUCUGCGUCUACCUGCCCACCUCCACAUUCUUCCUCUUCGCCACGCUGCUCCAGAAACCCUCCCCCGUCGUCGUGCCUCAGCCACAACCAAAGCCACAGACGCCUUCUAAACCGUCGUCUUCGCAUGCUAGCUAACGCAUGCUAACUAACUAACUAACACACCACUACGGCAUGUUGCUCACCCACAUCUCUAAUAACUAUUUUCGCAAACUAUUCCAUCCCACUUUUUUUUUACUGGGUUUUUUGCUCGCCUGUCAUCUCCUGGCCAUCUUUAACCUGAAAUGUAAUUGGGUUGAGUUUUUUUGCCUUAUCACUAUGGUGCUUUUUGGUAGAGGGGCAUGUCUGGUAGCGCAGACAAUCAUCUGUCAGCUAAGAAAGAUGGGGGGGGGGGGGGGGGGGGGGGUGAACACAAAGGAACAGUACAAAAUAAACAGUCCAUCCCCCCCAAAAACAGCAGUGAGCAACAACAAUGCCAGACUGAUGAUGCAAUGCUAAAAGGGACCGAGGUGGAGGUGGAUAUAGGACUAUUUUUGCCAGUCUAUUGUACCGUGCUGCUGGAUUUCCAUGUACUGCUGGAAUUAUUUAAAGCGCUGUUAGGAGCUACUAAAGUUGGCACUUCUGUUUACUUGUAGAUUUUGCCUUUUCUUAUCUCCUAGAUACUCUGAGAGCAUUAUGGUUAAAGUUAUUCUUGUAAUUUGGUAGUUAUAGAGGAGGUAGUAUCUCCCCCAAUAGUUUAAAAUAAUAAGCUAUGUGUAUUUGUCAUAAUGCACAAUCAGUGUUGAUAACAGCAGCAAGUCAGCUUUGGUCCAAGGAUACAGGCGUAUCCCUCAGUCCUCCUCUGAAUGUGCAGCCUUCAGGUCACAAGAUGGAUCCUAACAUCACCACUCCACUGCAUGGCUUCCAUUUUCUUUUCCGUAACCUUUUCUUGUCCUUUUAUUUUUUUUAAAUCAUAACAGCUUGGAAAUGCAUCUAACCCUUUUUUCACCCAUUCAUUAUUUUACCAUCCAAAUACUUUUUUAAUGACUGCAUGUGAUACUGUGAAUGGAGUAAUAAGACUUGAAUAACUUUGCUUUCCAGGCUCCAGGAACAAGUUCAGCUUGACCAAAAUCACCUAAUGGGACUUUUUAAAAAGACAUUCCAGAAUGUUUAUUUUUACCAAUGUGUAACAUGUUUACUAUGGUUUCACUCCAGGGAAUACAAUAUUUUAAUAAGAAACUGUAAAAAAAUUACAAUAAUGAAGCACUUUAUAUUGAAGCGCUGCAUAUUUUAAAAGGCUGAUGCAUUUUUCGUAGUGAUGUCCUUUUUUAUAAGACUAAAAAAAGAAUUGCCAUCUAGUCGAACACAGUACUAAAAUGUAUUCAAUCACUUUGGGUUGUCAACGUUUUGCAUAACAAGUUUGCCUUUUGGUUGGACUUCUCGAUCAGCGAGAUACUUAUUUGUCAUGCAAUGAUAUAGCACUUAGAUGUGUUUUUAAUCAACCACUGAAACUUAAGUACGUUAGACUCACGUUUGCAUUUGAAUUCAAUCUGCAUCAUGGAAGAGUGUACUUUUGUUUUGAAAGGAGAUGUAUUUUUACCAGAGUGUAGGGGAUCUGUUUUUGCAGCGUGAUUUUUGGGAUGUGCAGAAACAGAGUCAUACAGCUGUGGGUAUUACAGCUGGAGGAAGACAACUUGUAGUUCCCAUGGUUUGGAGGGACGCAGAGACAAAGUUACUGCCGACUGGAAGUCUAUCCCCCCUACACCUAGACACUUAGAUCUACAAGGGACCAUGAGAAGUUUAGGGGUAGGGACUAAGGGUUCAUUGUGAACUGGGCAUGACAUUU